AUGGUGGAAAACCCCAGCCUGGCGGCCAAACCCGCCCUGGCAGCGCUGAGGCCGUGCCCUGUGCCCGCAGCCGGCCGCCCCGCCGCGGGGGCCGGGGGCGGCGGGGGGGCUGCGCUUGGCGGCGGUGAUGGAGAGCCUGCAGCGGCAGCGCGCCCGCCGCUCGCCGCUGCGGGGGAGGAGGAGGACGACGAGGAGGAGGAAGAGGAAGAGGAGGAAGAAGGGGAGCCCCGCGACCCACCGCCACCACCGCACCACGAGUGGACCUACGAGGAGCAGUUCAAGCAGCUCUAUGAACUAGAUGAGGACCCGAAACGCAAGGAGUUCCUGGAUGACCUCUUUGGCUUCAUGCAGAAGAGAGGAACACCAGUGAACCGCAUCCCCAUCAUGGCCAAGCAAGUGCUGGACCUGUACACACUGUACCAGCUGGUGACAGACAAGGGUGGCCUGGUCGAAGUCAUCAACAAGAAGAUCUGGCGGGAGAUCACCAAGGGCCUCAAUCUACCUACCUCCAUCACCAGUGCUGCCUUCACCCUCCGCACACAAUACAUGAAGUACCUGUAUCCCUACGAAUGUGAGAAGCGGGCGCUCAGCUCUCCCGGAGAGCUCCAAGCUGCCAUCGACAGCAACCGUCGGGAGGGGCGGAGGCAAACUUUUGGCACAGCACUCUUCAACUACUCGCCAGCCAGCACCCCAACCCUGCUGGGCACCCCCAAAAUGCCUCUGCCAGCUCUUAGCAUCUCCACUCACAGCUGUGGCCAGCUCAGCCAAGUGCACAGCGUUAAGAAAGAGGACGGAAUGCUGGCAGCAUCAGUGCCGGGGCGCAUUGCUAUCCCGGUGGGACUGGCCAGCCACCAUCUCACAGCAGCCCAAGCAGCAGCUGCCUCACAGGCAGCGGUGCUGGAGCAGCUGCGGGAGAAGCUGGAGACAGGGGAGCCCCCAGAGAAGAAGGUGGCCCUGACAGCGGAGGAGCAGCAGCGGCUGGUGCAGCACGCACUUCAGCACAACCUCCUGGCCAUGGCCUCCCAGUUCCCUGUGAACAUCAAGAUCUCCAACCGAGAUGACAGACAGGAGACCGCAUUGAACCUGUCCACCAACAGCAUUAGCAGUAUCAACAUGUCAAUAGAAAUAAAUGGAGUUGUCUACACAGGUGUCCUGUUCGCCCGCCGGCCCUCAGCCACCCUGGCACCUGGUGGAGGGAGCACCCAGACCCGUCCAAACCCCAUGCCUGCCCCAAACCCCCUGCUCCCAGCCUCCUCUCAAAGCCACACUCCCGCUAGCACCUCGCCGUAA